UCCUGUUGUCACUGGCCGGGAGGCCGAGGCGUCUGGUCGGAGGCUUAGGGGCUCCAGUGGCCAGGAGUGCCCCUCGCCGUCUCCCCGCUCUCUCUGGUGUCAUGUGAUCCUCCGAGGGAGCUGCUGUGUGAGUGGAGAUGCUCUCGGUGGUGGAGAAUGGACUGGACCCCCGGGCUGCCAUCCUGGUCAUCAGGAAGAAGCUGGUGGGAUCCGUGAAGGCAUUGCAGAAGCAGUACGUGUCCUCGGACACGGUGGUCACUAGCGAAGACGGAGAUGCCAACACCAUGUGCAGCGCCCUGGAGGCUGUAUUUAUCCACGGCCUGCACACCAAGCACAUCCGAGCUGAGGCCGGAGGGAAAAGGAAGAAAAGUGCCCACCAGAAGCCUCUGCCUCAGCCUGUCUUCUGGCCCCUCCUGAAAGCUGUCACCCACAAACACAUCAUCUCGGAAUUGGAGCACCUGAUCUUUGUCAGCACGGACGUGGGCCGCUGCCGGGCCUGGCUCAGGCUGGCCCUCAAUGACGGCCUGAUGGAGUGCUACCUGAAGCUGCUCCUCCAGGAGCCCGCCCGCCUGUGCGAGUACUACCAGCCCACAGCCCUGCUGCGAGACGCCGAGGAGGGCGAGUUCCUCCUCAGCUUCCUGCAGGGACUGACGUCCUUAUCCUUCGAGCUCUCCUACAAGUCGGCCAUCUUAAACGAGUGGACGCUUACCCCACUGGCUCUCUCUGGGCUUUGCCCACUCUCCGAGCUCGACCCCCUCGCCACCUCUGGGGCAGAACUACAGCGGAAAGAGUCUCUGGAUUCAAUUUCCCAUUCCUCAGGCUCGGAGGACAUCGAAGUCCAGCACUCGGGCCAUAAGAUCCGACGGAAUCGGAAGCUCACGGCCUCUUCCCUCAGCCUGGACACGGCCAGUUCGUCCCAGCUGUCUUGCAGCCUCAACUCUGAUAGCUGCCUGCUCCAAGAGAAUGGCUCCAAGAGUCCAGACCGUUCCGAGGAGCCCAUGUCCUAUGACUCCGACCUGGGGACAGCAAACGCUGAUGAUGCAGACCCGUCUCUGCAAGAGGUAUUGUCGGAAUUCAGCAAAGCCCAGGUAAACUCUGUGCCAACCAACGGACUGAGUGGAGAACUGGAGAUCCCCACGGGGCGGGCCUCACCGUCCUUCCCCGGCCUGGAGGCCAGCGUCCCUUCUGGUGUGCCCACAGGGUCCCUCCCGACCCAAGCAUCCUCUGGGACUCAAGGGGACCGCAAGCCGCAGCUGCCUCCCCUGGCACCUGGCACCCUGGGCUUGCUGCAGGUGGGCACUGCCAAAGCUGUCCCCUCGGCAAGCGUUUUAGGCCCGAGGCCUUCCAGUCCCGUGAGAGAGGCGGCGACCAGAGCAGUCAGCCCAGAGAGUGGGCAGCAGGAGCCCCCGGAGGAUGAUGGAGCUGCACGGAGCCUUGGGGUGUCCUCACCCACCAGCCCGAAGAGCAAGAGCUGGAUUUCAGAGGAUGACUUCUACCGGCCCCCGCAGGAGCCGCCCGCAGAGAGCCCUUCUGAGGCUCCUUCUGGAGGGACUCCAGAGUCAAGGCCGGGACUCCUCCAGCAUUCUUCUCAAGGACCAAGGAAGAGCUCCUCCACGGGGGCCUUAGACCAAGCCUGCGUGACUUCCCCAGGGAGCCAGACAAGCAGGGCCACCGUGGCUCGGGAGCACCCGAACUUCAGGGUCGUGCAUCGCAGGCAGAUGGGGCUGUCCAACCCGUUCCGGGGCCUCAUGAAGCUGGGCACCGUGGAGCGGCGGGGCGCGAUGGGCCUCUGGAAGGAGCUCCUCUGUGAGCUCUCCCCGCUGGAGCUCCGCCUCUGCCUGAACACCGAGGAGCGCACCUGCGUGGAGAGCUGCUCGCUGCUGCGCUGCGAGGCUGUGGGGCCGGCCCACGGCGACGGCCGCUUCGAGCUCGUCUUCUCGGGCAGGAAGCUGGCCCUGCGGGCCUCCUCGCAGGACGAAGCCGAGGACUGGCUGGACCGGGUGCGGGAGGCUCUGCAGAAGUGCCGGCCCCAGCAGGAGGAGGAGUGGGUGAACAUCCAGUACCUGGAGGAGCCCAAGGACCCCCCAGAGCCCGCUCAGGGCGGCCUCCCCUCCCACCCGGACCUGCUGGCUGAGCCCGAGACCCUCCAGGGCACACAGUUCUCAUGGUCCUCUGCCCAGGUCCCUGAGCCAGAUGCUAUCAAAGAAUCCCUUCUGUACCUGUACACGGACAGGACCUGGGCGCCCUAUAUUUUUUCCCUGUCCUUGGAGUCUCUGAAAUGCUUCCGAGUGAGAAACAAUGAGAAGAUGUUAAGCGACAGCCACGGAGUUGAGACCAUCCGAGAUAUCCUGCCCGACGCCAGCCUGGGGGGCCCAUCCUUCUUCAAGAUCAUCACGGCCAAGGCCGUCCUGAAGCUGCAGGCUGGGAACGCCGAGGAGGCCGCCCUGUGGAGGGACCUGGUGCGCAAGGUCCUGGCGUCCUACUUGGAGACAGCCGAGGAGGCGGUGACGCUGGGCGGCAGUCUGGACGAAACCUGUCAGGAGGUGCUGAAGUUCGCCACGCGGGAGAACGGCUUCCUGCUGCGGUACCUCGUGGCCAUCCCCACGGAGAAAGGCCUCGACUCCCAGGGCUGCUUCUGUGCAGGUGCUCACUCGCUGUCCGGCCACCCCCAGCCUGCCCACCUCACUCCUUAGGUGCUCUGCCCUCCCCUGGCCUCCAUGAGGACCCCCACCACCCACCGAGGCCAGCGGCCCUGCCCUGCUGAGGGUUGGGCCCCACCGGCGGCAGCUCUGUGGGGUGCUGCCAUCUCUGCUCCCGGAGUUGCAUCCAGCGAGCCAUGCUCUCCACCCGCUUCCUUAUUAUAUCACCAUAGCGUUGGCUUUGGUUGGAGCAGGGGCAUGGCACCUUUCCAGAUAUUUCUGCAUGCUUUU